AAUAAAUAGCCACAUACAUAACUAGCUUGACGAUGCGCACGUGCAUAUGAACAAUAGCAUUCGGGCUUCUUGACCAAACACUGAGGCAAAGCCAGCGCAUUAUCGUGCAGCCGAUACGAUAAGCGCAUGCGGAUACAUGUGAGGAUGGUAUGCUUACUAAUCGUGGUAUUAACCCCGCAACAGUGGCACGCAAAAGAGACGAGUCGAAAUAGACUACGUGGCUGUUACCAGACCCCGCCCAUGGCACCAUCGCAUGUGAAUAUUGUUUUUUUUUUUUUUUUGGCAUAUCUGCCUGGCCACAUAUCGCGACCCACCUUCCCGGACGCAAGCAAAACUCCGGUCGGGCCACCGAAUCUGCCGAGGGCAUUGGGGAACCAGUCUGCCCUUUUACGAGUGUUAGUUCCGGUUAUUCUGUUCUGGGCAAAACUUCUUGGCUCUGCAGGCCAUGGAGGCUCGCCCACUACUGGUGCAGAAAAGGCAGCGGUCUCCCACAGUGCAGCGUUUCCCCCCAAAGCCCAACCGAGUCUGUGCGCCGCACAGCGGAUAUCAUGCUUUCGCUUGGUGUGCAAAGAUCAGUAGUGGGUGUGAGCAACAAUCUGGCUGCCAAGAAGGCAGGCCAGGUCUGAUCUCUCCAAGGUGCUAGCAGUCUGCUCCGCCUUGUCUCCGCCU